CUCAGAAUUGGUCGUUACACUGUAUUUACGAAAACUUCAAAACGACAGGAAAAAAUGUUGUCAUCAUAUUUGACCCCUAUUUCAAUCUUGUGCACUUUACCACUUGCCACAAUAUCAAUGACUACCAAUUCCAAAGUCUUUGAUGACAGUAGUUCCAUUGCUACUGCACCUCCUUCAUAUGACAAGAUCUCAGCAAAUCCCAUUCAAUGCAAUCAAUCAUCCAUAUUUUCCUUUCGUCGCAUGAAGCAGAAACGUGCAGCUGUUCUAUCUCGCAUCCGUGAUAUUGUCUUAGCCCCUAAUUUCAACCCUUCUUCCGUGACCCCAAAUCUCAAUGCCUGCGCUGCUGCUCUCCCAGCUGCCGAGUUCUCCAACAUCCUGACACAUCUCAACAUUGAGGGCCACACAGCACUGUGUUGGGCCAUUGUGAAUAAUCGGCCACAAGCUUUUUGGGCGUUUGAGAAGUUCAUUUCCGGUAGCACUUAUUCCUCUGUUUGCGCGUCCGACUUGUGCAUUGCAUUCAUGAUAACCAGCAACAAUGCAAUGUUUGCACAUCUAAGUUCUGCAAGUACCAUCGAAGACAGGCGUUUGAGAAGCUGUUUAGGUUGCCCGCCAGAUGAGAUUCGGGUGCAUACAUGCGAUGAACCCACCAACCAGUUCAACGUUGUUAUGCGAAUCAGGAUAUUUCAAAAACGCCUGCGCACUAUUACUGGAAACCGUUUGCAAUACGAAUUUGUUGCAGGGGGACGCAUGUGGUGGUUUCGCUUUGCCUUGCUAAAGCCUAGUAAUGGAUUAUGGAGCGCCGAGAUUGGUCUUUGUCAGCAUAGCCAUCCAGCGCGUCUUGACGCUGUACUUUUGAUCGAGGCACACAGCCGGAAACCUGGCCGUGCAACCCCGCCUGAAGCGCUGAAAAUUCCAUUGACAUUGACAGGCACAAAGUUCCUGGCCCUUGCACCUUGGCGGUAGGCUGAAUUUGUUCUGACUCCACGAAUUGCGGUGCACUGAUUGUCUUAUCAUCCACAAUGAACUCUAUCCCUUGUGCUUCCGUUGGCCAAUGGCUACUAAAGUUCCACCUGGCGCAUUGACUAUGUGCUUCCUCCCAAAAUGACUUGGCGCAUAUCGGAAGAGCUGGGCGAUUGGGUAAUGCACGAUAAGACUGAAUAUGUAGACCACGAGGGCACCCUACAUGCGAAGCUGGAGAUGACAUUGUUAUGAAUCCAAUAGUGACACUAGCCGAUGUAAUUGAA